AUAUAAUUAAUUUUGUAAGGGCGUGGUUCAAAAUGGCCGCCAUCAGAAUGCUAGCUGCAAGGAUCAUGGUCUCCAGAGGAUCAUGGCUAAGAUGGCAGUCUACAGAUAUAAGUUAUCCCAAGUAUACACCGCGUACUGGCGAGGACGAAACCGUAAAAAGGAAAAGACUACUCUAUCAAAGCAGGAAGAGAGGAAUGACAGAAAACGGCAUAUUGCUAAGCACAUUCGCAGAGCGAUAUCUUAACAAAUUCACAAGCCAACAGUUGGAAGAAUAUGACAAGCUAAUAAAUGAACCAAGUAAUGACUGGGACAUAUAUCAGUGGAUAACAAAGAAAGAGAUACCACCUCUUGAGUAUCAAACGCCUACACUGAGCCUGUUGCAGGAACACACUGCCACUCUUAAUGCUAACAGUACACACGUACAGACACAACCGCCUUUAAAUGAAUAAUGAUAUAAUAAUAAUUAUUAUUGAUCUCUGAUACCAAA